AUGGAGCGCAGGAAGGAACGCAUGUCGCAACAAAAUCAAAGCAUUGCCGAGGAGCUGCAGAAACGGAGGGCCGCAAAGACCAGGGAAGAGGUGGAGAUUCAGCGGAUUUGCCAAGAGAGCGAAGAACUGAAGGCCCUUGAACAGCGCCUCAAAGUGGCGUAUGUGAACAAGGAGCGAGCAGCGCAGUACGAGGAGAAUCGAUUCCUGCGUCAGGUGGAGAACGACAAAGAGCAGGCCAUAGCCGAUAAGAUGGAACACGACCGGCAGAUGGCUCUAAAAACGGAGGCAGACAAGGUAGCAGCUAGGAAGAAGCUACUCGAGGUACAAAGGGGUGCCCUGCAUGCGCAAAUGCAAGAGAGGGAGAGCCUCAAGCGUGAGGCGAUGAUGGAAGCGGAUCGUGAUCGCGAAAUGGUGGAUGUGAUUGUCAAGAAAAUCGAAGCAGAGGAGAGGGCAGAACAAGAGCAGUACCUCAAGAGUAGGGAAGAAACCCGGCGCACUGUACAAGAGGCGGAGAGGCGACGGGCUACCGAACUCGCCAAUCGCGCCAGACAGGAGAAGGAAGAGAAGGAAAACAUACGGAAAUACAUGGAGAUGGUCGCCCAGCGUGAGGCGAAAGCGGAGGAGGAGAGACUGCGCAAGAAGGUAGCCGCCGACGCAGCGUUCAAGGCUGUUGUAGAACAGACAGAGAAGCAAAACAACGAGGAAGAUGAGCUGCGAAUGCUGAGAGACAUGCUAUGGGAGGAGGAGUUGGAAGCCAAGCGCAUCCAGGACGACGAAGAUCGCAAGCGGAAGGCGGCCGAGAGCAAGCUGGCCAUGAUGGAGGCGAAUGAGGAACAGCUCAGGCAGAGACAGGAGCGGCGCGCGGCCGAAAAGGAAGAAGAGAACCGCCUCAUUCAGAUCAUGUUGAACAAGUUCAAGGAGGAUGAGGAACGGGAAAAGCGGGGAGAGGAGCUACGCGAACGCAUGAAGAAGGAGCACAAGAAGAACAUCGAGCAAACACGCGGUGGAGCAGCUUUUGGCGUGCAGCGACGUCUUGGCGGCAACUGCUGCAAGAAAUCCAUGAAAUACCUCACCAUACGUGAUCAAAGAGAGGAACGCGCCGUCCUAUACGAAAAGGAGAAGGAAUUCGAGAUGAAGGACGCUCAGGCCGAGAGGGAACGAGAGCUCUAUCGCCAACGCGUGGUGGAAGAGGCUCGUCGCCGACUCCUAGAGCAACACGGAGCAGCUGUCGAGGGGUAUUUGCCCAAAGGAGCAUUGAAGUCCAGAGAUGAGCUUGAGUUGGUACGUGAUCUCAGCAACAAGAAGGCCGACGGUGAUGCGCUGGGCCGGUAUUUGUCUUCCCCGUUCCCCGGCACUGCCGGCGACGGCCGGUGAUUUUGCGCAAUGGUGAUGAGCUCUUCGAUCGAAAAGUAGGGAACACUACGUAUCAUUUCGCCUGUACAUCUUCCAGGCGCUUGCCUUGUUGCGAUGUGAUUUUUGCUGACCAUCGUGUGGGACGAAAAGGAUUCGGAUUUUCAGAAUCACGUAGGUUCGGUUAAUUAUAGGGGCCUAGGGUCCUAGCUUCCACCCUGACACCCUGUGGGGAGGCUGCCCUAGGGGGUCAACGGAGGGCGUAUGGCUCUCUUGUACGUAUGUCUCGUGCUCUGUCUGUCUGUCUGUCGGUCUGUCUCUCACACUAUUCUCAGCUCGUGAGUUACCACGACAUGCUAACACACACUUAGAUUCAGUACGUGUGACUGCCGGACAUUUCUUCUCCGCAUUCCGC